AUGGCGACCACAACAUUAGUGACAACUUUCACACGUAUGCCUUCAGACUUCAUAUCAAAUCAUUAUAAAAUACUUAAAUCUAAUCUCAAAAGAGUUGUCAGUCCUCACCAUGCCAGAGUACAGUUGAUCUACUUCAAUAGCAGAGGUCGUGCUGAGCUGGCCCGCUGGAUCUGCGCGUAUGGUAACAUUCCUUACACGGAUGAGCGCAUCCCGAAGGCAGACUGGCCUUCUCGUAAACCUGGUAUCUCGGGAGGCAAGUUACCAGUGUUGAUGGUGGAUGGUAAACAGUUACCCGAAUCCCUGGCCAUCGCCCGCUACCUGGCCAAGCAGGCAAAGCUGGUCCCCGACGAUGACUUCGACGCUGCUGUCUGUGACGCCCUGGUCGACACACUCUCGGAAAUGAUGGUUCAAGUUUACAAGACUAUGUUCGCCGCUGCAGGAGACGAAGAGGAGAAGAAGAAAACUUACAAGGAGGAGUUGUACCCCAAUGUGAUAGCUCCCGUCUUGGUCAGACUUAACGAACGACUCUCUAAGAGAGAAUGGUUCAUUGUAGACAAGGUGACGUGGGCUGACUUGGCAAUCGGACUGAUGUUUGGAGGACUGAAAAUGAAACAGCCAGAAAUACUGAAGGGAUUCCCAGCUGUUGAAGCUCACGUCAACAAGAUCUUACAGAUUCCCAAAAUCAAACAGUGGAACGAUUCCCAGGGACCUGAAGAGACCUUCUAGGCUAGGGGUGUCUGUCUUCUAGACCUUCGGAGGUCUUCCCGAUAUGGUUUUCCUAGUUUUUUUUGUCACAACCACAAAAUAUAAAGCAUGACUAUUUCGUCCUCACACUUUUCGUUCUGUAGACCUUAAACGUUGACAAAAUCUGCUAUACACCUGUGUUCAUAACAUUCAGCGCGCUGCUGUAUCAAAAAUGUCUCAUUCUGUUGUAAUUUUUUUUUUUUUUUUUUGUGGGUUCCAAUGGCUUUUUAGUAUAUACAUUUUCCUUAAUUUGAUCUCUAAGAAAUAUUUGUCUAGGACAUGGGGCUCUGUUGGAAGCACUCUCCUCCCAUGUUGAGGGUCCGUUGAUAAAUUCGAGGCACAGGAGGAAAGUGUGCAUAUUUACUUGUAUCAACUGCCCCUGUUCACCUAGCAGUAAGUACAAAGGUGUUAGUCGACUGCUGGGAGUCAUAUCCCAGGGAGUUAGUAUGCCACAGAUAAGAUGGACUUUGUAGUAAGCCCAGAUAACUUUUCUUAGCCUGUGUGAGGGGGGGGAAGGAGGAAAAUUGGCCAUAUCUCUUAUUCAGUCUCUGAAAAUCUCUAAUACUUGACACUGCAUUUAUUAUACUGUUUUUUUUUUCCUUAAUUAGACCUUAUUCCAGCCGUUGUUAAACUAUAUUUCGUUACACAGUAACGAACAACCAAGUCACAGUAAUGUGCAUAUGAGUUAGAGAACUUAUCUCUUAGCUGACUUGGUAUUUAACUUAGAAAACUUUAUCUAACUCUGGUAUGUGUUGGAUAAUAACUUGGAUACAAAUUUCUCUAACUCAAUUUAAGUGUUAUCUUAUGACUCGGAAAUGAGUUGAAUUAUAAAAGUUCAAGCGCCAUAAAUAUAUAUAUAUAUAAGCUGUAAUAAAAAAAUUAUACA